AUCAUCAUAACUUUUCAUUCUGAUUUCAAUAAAGUAUUGGAUUGGUCAUGCUUCCACUCUUUUUUUUUUUUUCUCGUGAUUUUUCACAGUUGUUUUUUUCGCCCGGAUUCCGUUGCCGUCUUUUUUCAAGCGUGGUUUUUAAGCAUAUACCUUUAUGCUCCUCUUGUUUGUUGGCAUUAAAAGAGUGAUAUCACUUAUACCAGUUUAUUCUAUUUCCACUUCUUUAAAUUUCAUUUCAACUUGCUUUUUGUGCCCUUUUGCUUACCAUCUUCAGAGUUGAAGGAUUUGAGAUUUGAGUAUGCAAUUUAUGGUUAUUUCUGUGCUUUUGUGAUAAUAUAUAAGUAUUCUGUCUUGUGUAGUCGCUCUAAUAGAACACAAUGAGUGCUGCUUCUUUGUUGUUCUCCUGCUCUAUGCAUGUGGGUGUGUUUCAUCCCAAGCUGGCUGCAAAAUCCUCUGUUUGUUGUAUUCAUAAUCAGCCCUGGAAUUUGAAGCCAAAAACAUCAUUUGGGCAUUCUGGGAUCUCGGAAAAAUCUAAACUUUCACGUAAAGGUGAUGAGAUUAUGUGGAGGGCAGGGGCUCUUCAUGUUGAAAGUGCUCCCUCCUCUGUGGGGCAAAAAUUUCAAUUUGAUGAUGUCAUUGAGGCCCAGCAAUUUGACAGAGAGACUCUCAAUGCCAUUUUUGAAGUUGCAAGGAGCAUGGAGAGCAUUGAAAGCAAUUCAUCUGGGAGCCAAAUGCUUAAGGGUUACCUCAUGGCUACCUUGUUUUAUGAGCCAUCCACUAGAACCAGGCUUUCAUUUGAAUCCGCCAUGAAAAGAUUAGGUGGGGACGUUCUCACUACUGAGAAUGCAAGGGAGUUUUCAUCUGCUGCUAAAGGAGAAACGCUCGAAGAUACUAUAAGAACUGUUGAAGGUUACUCUGAUAUAAUUGUGAUGAGACACUUUGAAAGUGGUGCUGCAAAAAGAGCAGCAGCAACUGCUAGCAUUCCUGUAAUCAAUGCAGGGGAUGGCCCUGGACAGCAUCCCACCCAGGCACUGCUAGAUGUUUAUACCAUUGAAAGAGAGAUAGGAAAACUGGAUGGAAUUAGAGUUGGGCUUGUGGGAGACCUUGCUAAUGGGAGGACUGUUCGCUCACUUGCAUACUUACUAGCCAAGUAUCAGAAUGUGAAAAUUUACUUUGUCUCUCCUAACGUGGUUAAAAUGAAGGAUGAUAUAAAAGAGUAUCUGACAUCAAAGGGAGUGGAGUGGGAAGAAAGUGCUGAUUUGAUGGAAGUGGCUUCUAAGUGUGACGUGGUUUAUCAAACUCGCAUUCAGAAAGAAAGAUUCGGAGAGAACAUUGAUCUUUAUGAGGAGGCAAGAGGCAAGUAUAUUGUGAAUAAAGAUGUCCUGAGGGUGAUGCAAAAACAUGCUGUUGUUAUGCAUCCUCUUCCAAGACUUGACGAGAUCACAGUGGAUGUUGAUAGUGAUCCAAGAGCUGCAUACUUUAGGCAGGCAAAGAAUGGUCUAUAUAUUCGGAUGGCACUCUUAAAGGUAUUGCUUCUUGGUUGGUAAGGAUUUCAUUCACUUUUCAAAGUGAAUGGGGUUAUCUAAGGUUGUUUUUCUAUCAUGUUGACAUCAUUUCUCACAUUUAGAUCGCUGUUGGGAGGUAUUACAUCUGCGUCUUUAAGUAAAUGGACGUGGUUACUCGUGUAUCUAAACUACUGUGUUUCCAAACACAGUUUUUUUUUUCUAUCUGUAGGAUUCACAAAUAAAGUGACAAUUAAAAUCUUCUUUCUGAGUGAAAAUUUCCUUCAUAUA